AUGCAGAUCAUCUCCGCCUCCAGGCGCACUACCGUCCCCAUUAUCGCGUUCUGCUUGCUGUCGAUCUCAGCAGCUCCCAUUCCCGUCAGGUAUGGAUCGCUGACCAGCGACCGGCCGGAGACCGCAGACUGGUGGCAGAUCUACGAGCAGACCCAUUUCCCUCGGCAGCCGCCUGCAGCGCCGGUGGUCUACGCGCGUCCCACACGCGAGCUCGUGCAGGCGCUGGAGCCGUUCCGCGAGCGACUCGUUCAGCUCGAGUACCUCAAGAGGCGAGUUUUGGCAAACUCAGAAGCCAGCAGGUAUCUGACUCCGAUGCAGAGGUCUACGCUCACCCAGCCCUUCCAUAAGUGGGACCAUCAAGCGCUGACGGAUACGGUCGACCGAUUCAAUAUCUUUCAGAGGCUGAACGAGGAGAAGGCGUUUGUGGCUCAGGUUGAGAGCGUGCUAUACGGCGUAGCCAAGCAUCUUCCCGACGUGUCUCUUCGUUAG